UUAUAGUUGAGGAAGUUGUUGUACGAUAUGGAACACCCUCAAUCAUCCAUUCUGACCAGGGUCGCCAGUACGAGAGCGAACUGUUCUCCGAGAUGUGUCAUGUCUUACAUAUAAAGAAGACACGUACCACCCCUUACCACCCACAAAGUGAUGGGAUGGUGGAACGUUUUAAUAAGACACUUGUGACGAUGCUUAGUGCCUACGUAAAUGAUCACCAUUCUGACUGGGAUAGGUUUUUACCUUAUGUCAUGAUGGCAUACAGAUCAUCAGUACAUGAGACCACAGGGUUCACACCAAACCUCAUGAUGCUUGGUAGAGAGGUGACUACACCGCUGGACAUUAUGUACGAGAUGCCAACGGAAGUUAAAUAUAUUCCAAGCAACAAGUGGGCAUGGCAACUCAAAGAGACAAUGGAGGAGGCUCACAAGUAUGUCAGAGAGAAUAUAAACACAGCUAUGGUGAGACAGAAAAGGUACCACGACCAGAAACUAUCAUGGCAAAAGUUCAAGCCAGACGAUCAAGUUUAUGUUUACUUUCCUAUCAGAAAGGUCGGAAGAUCCCCGAAGUUCACUAGUUACUGGCAAGGUCCAUUUAAAGUACUCAGAAAACUGACAGACUUAACCUACAAGGUUGAUUGUGGACAACGUGGCAAACCACAGGUUGUGCAUGUUGACAGGUUACGACUAAAGCGUGAUCAGGUAUUAAGAGAAGAGGUUGUUGAAGAGGCUAGUUCUCACGUAGAAACUAACCUAUCUGCUACAAGCAACGUCAAGGCGGAUGUUAUAAGCGAUGAAGGGUCUGAAACAGAUGAGGUUGACAAUGAUGUUAAUUUGGGUGCAACGGGUAGUUCUAGAAUUAGAAGACAGCCUAAAUGGCUGCAAGAUUAUGUCCAGUGGUAAAUUGUCUUUACAACAUGUUUUUUUUCUGUUGUAGAGAAAUGGCGAAGACGAAGACUACCAGUGCAGAACAGCUGAAGAAAUGUCCAUUCUGUUCCUUUAAAAGUAGAAGUCACUCGGAAUGGAAAGACCACAUGGCCGAUUGUUAUGAAACCAGACACUUUUGUAGACGAUGUGAUUAUUCGACGGACAAGAAAGUCAACUACAUCCGGCAUCUAAAGAGAAACCAUCCAGACGAAGUUGAGAAAGGUCAAGGCAGCCAACAGUCUGAUAAUGCAGAGGGUAUUAAAUCCAGUGAAGAUAGUUUAUCUAGAGAUCUCCACGAGGACGAGUCUUCAGAUGAAGAGGAGUGGCUCUCACAGGAACCCGACAUAACCAUUGACGAAGAACCGGGUACCAGUGGACCUUCACCCUGUGAGAAAGCCGUCGACCCUACUGUUAGAAAGAGGACUCAACCCAUGCCCGUGUAUACACCUGACCGUUGUAAGACACCGAGGCUGAUGACCCCACGUGCAAAGUUGCAGAUAAGGCUGUUCAGACAGAUCCAGUUGUAUAUACCAAGUCGAUCAAGACAACAACCAUUGUCCGGGAGCACGGACGCAAGACAAUCACUGUGA